AUGCCUGAAAAAGUUCGAAAUCGUCCAUUGAGUGCGAGUCGUAAACGACGACAGAAUAGUAGUCGUCGUUCGAGUUUCAAUGCUGAUCCAAUCUUGUCCGAAAGAACGACAUUCAAUCCAGAAUCAAUAUUACCGGCAACUAAUAUAUUUUACUCCGGUCUCGAUCUUCGUUCGACAAAAGAAAAACUCGAAAGUUUAGAAAAUGAAAUGAAACUACUCGAAGAUGAUUCAACUUCUGAAGAGCAACUUAAUUCUCUUGUACUAAUGCAGCUCUAUACAAGUCUUGAAUAUGGCGAAAUAUCAAUCGAAAAUGCUCGUACAUAUUUAAAUUUAAGCAAAUUUUAUUUUAAUCAUAAAAAUUUAUUACCACAAGCUAAAACUCAUAUUCUCAAUGCUCGACAAAUUCUUGAACAUUUAAAUAUAAAACCUAUCGAUGAUCAUUUAAAUCAAAAUUUAUUUGCUUUUGAAGUAUAUUUUUUAUUAAUUAAAUAUUCUCUACAAGCAAAACAACAUUCAUCACAACGAGAUAUUAAAAUAAAAAAUAAACAUAUUCUAUCUAUUGAAACAACACAUAUCGAUCAUGAUCUUGAAUUAAUUGAA